AUGCAGACUACAGUAGCAUACUCCUUCGGGUUAGACCACAGGAUGCGUUUUUGGGGGGAAAAGUCCUCGGAGAAGACAAUUUUAGCAAUUGACAAAGCAAAUCUCACUUCAAAGGAAAAUGGUGAGGCACAGGCACUUUUAGCUGAAAAAGAAAAAUUGGAGAAAGACUUAAAAAGAUUAAAUGAUAAGCUUGCUUUUGCUCUUUCUGAUUGUAAUGCUAAAGAUGAGCAGGUGAAGAAACAAACAAAAAUUGUGCAAGAAGCAGUGGCAGCUUCCUUUGAAGGAUGGGAGAAGGCAGAAGCUGAAAUGUUGUCUAUGAAGCAAGAUCUUGAUGAAGCUAUGCAGCAGCUAUUACUUUAUGAAGAAAGAGUGGCGCAUUUGGAUGGUGCUCUAAAGGAAUGUAUGCAACAGUUGCGUUUUGGAAGAGAAGAACAACAGCAAAGGAUUCAUGAUGCUGUGAUGAAGGCUUCAGAAGAAUUUGAACAAACACAAAUGGUUUUGGAGGAGCAGCUAUCAGAGACCAGUAAAAGGCUUGCUAAAUCUGGGCUUGAAAAUUCUCAUCUUAAUAAAUAUAUUGUUACUAAAGAAAAUUUGAUUGAAGAUCUGAAAAGACAAUUGGCUCAAGCAGAGGCAGAUCAUAACGCACUGAUGAUCAGAUUAGAGUCCACCGAGAAAGAUAACACUUGUCUGAAGUAUGAGACUCAAGUGCUUGAAAAGGAACUUUAUAUUCGUAAUGAGGAGAGAGAAUUGUAUCGUCGAACAGCUGAUGCUUCUCAUAAGCAGUACUUAGAGAGUGUAAAAAAAAUUGCCAAGUUAGAAUCAGAAUGCCAGAGGCUGCGUGGUCUGGCUCAUAAACGGUUACCAAGUCCUGCUGCCCUGGCAAAAAUGAAAAAUGAAAUUGAAAUAUUGAGGCAGGAUUCACUUGAAAUGAGGAGGAAAAAGUUGAACUCAACCAGUUUAGUGGUUGAAUCUUCUGUUGACAGUUCUCCUGCGAUUAGACAAAUCACUACUUUGACUGAGAAACUAUGUGCUGUGGAAAAAGAAAACAAGAAUUUGAGAGAAUCCCUAAAUAGGAAAACAAAUGAAGUCCAAUUCUCAAGAGUAAUGCUUGCUCGCACAGCUUCUAAACUGUUGCAACUUGAGUCACAGAUUGAAUCUAAAAGUCAAGCGACCUUGGGGCAGCCUAGUAGUAAUCUUGCAUUGCAAGAGUUCUCUAUGGCAUCAAUGUCUGACAGUGGUAGUGAUGACAAGGUUAGCUGUGCCGAAUCAUGCGCUUCUGCAUUGAUUUCAGAACUGGAGCACUUUAGAAGUGGAAAACAGAAGGAAUCAUUGUCAUGCAAAAGUGUUGAACCUUCAGAUAUAAAUCUUAUGGAUGACUUUGCUGAAAUGGAAAAAUUAGCACUGGUCUCUGUUGAAAAAGCCCCUGAAAUUUCUCAUGUUUCUUUAGAAUCAACUAAUGAAAUAGAUGGCUUCUCUGAUAGAGGACCAAGUGAGAUUACUUCUGAAGUUAUAGGUAAGGAUAUCUUUCCAGUGUCUGAUCAUUUGUUAGGGUUCUCAACAUCAAAUCAGGAAACGUGUUCCAUUGACGUAUUAAAGGGUAAUAAUAUUCCUGGUUGGCUUCAGGAUGUAGAAAAAGUGAUCUUGGAACAAAACUGUGUCACUCAUAAGAACCCUGAUGAUAUACUUGAGGAUAUUAGAUUGGCUUUGAGGUAUCUAAAUAAUCUAGAUCGAUGUGGAUUUGAUUCAAGCAAAGGAUCCGGUCAAGUUGGUGCAUCUAAUCCCCCCCAUUUUGGUCACCAAACCUCAUGGGAACCUUUGAAUGAUUCUGUGGUAGAUCCACCUGGUGAAGUAAAUGAUGCUGAGAUCUCAUCAAUGAAGAGAAUAAAACAACAAUCUCAGAGAGAUCUGAGUAAAUCAAUAACCAAGAUAAUUGAGCUUAUUGAAGGGAUCAGCAUGCCUGCUGAGGAUAAUGAUAAUUCAGAUCCCUUGUGCCAAAGAGAUGGAAAGAGCCGUACACAUAAGAACCAAAGAAUGCCAACAAACUACAUUGUCCGUGUUUUCCAGUGGAAAACAUCUGAACUCAGUAAUGUCUUACAGCACUUUCUCCAAGUGUGUUACGAUUUACUGAAUGCCAAGGCUGAUCAUGAAAAAUUUGCUGCAGAAUUAACUACAGCUUUGGAUUGGACUAUGAAUCACUGCUUUUCACUUCAGGAUGUUUCCAGUAUGAGGGAUGCCAUUAAAAAACAAUUUGAUUGGGAUGAGACACAAAGUGAAAAUGAAGCCGAAAUUGGGCUGUUUGAGGUUGCAGAUAAGCUGCAUCUUCCCAGCGAACAGUUAUCAUGUUUGCCUGCAUUAACUAAUUCAGAUUGUCAUGAACUUCCAGCUGAAGAGAUGCAAUAUGAUGAAAAGGGAGAAUUUGAAAAUAUUAAAGAUAAAGAGAUCAGUUCUGAAUCUGAAAAGGAAGCCUUGGAAGGGAGGCUUCAAUCAGCUAAGAAUCAACGUCAGGAAUCAGAGAAAACUAUUGCCAGCUUGAGAUUGGAGUUACAAACCUUGAAAGAAUCCAAUGGAAUGCUUGGGGAUCAAAUACAAAAUCACGCAUUCGCAAAUGCUGAUCUUGACGUUCAGCUUACAGAAUCUGAAUUGAAAGAGGUUCAUCACAAGGUUUUGGCAUUAGAAGUGGAACUCGAGAACAAGAACCUCUAUUGUGAAGAAUUAGAGACCAGAUGUGUUGAAAUUCAGCUCCAGCUUGAAAGCAUGACACAGAAGUGCUCGAAUGAUGACAUUACUCAGAAAGAUAAGCCGCCACAAACUGGGUGGGAGAUAACAGCUGCUUCAGAAAAGUUGGCAGAUUGUCAAGAAACCAUCAUUCACCUUGGGAAGCAGUUGAAGGCAACGGCUGCACCAAAGGAUGCAUCCCUUUUUGACAAUGUCAUUGCCAACCAUCGUCAUACAAUAACAAACAAAACUACUGUCCCCCUAAAAGACAUGAAAGUGAAAAAUAGAUGUUCUCUACUUGAUAUGCUAGCUGAUGAUGAUAUUAAAGCCAAAGUUUGCAAAGCAAGUGACAGAAACUCCAGUCCCAACAGCAUUCCUGGUUUUAUACAGCCCCAGGAAAAGAUUUUAGUUUUGAACGGACUCAAAAGCCAGGAUGACAGUGCUACUGUUAAUUCUUUGGACAUUGUACCUGCCAAGAAAUCUGGAGGUCGAAAUUUGUGGAAAAGGCUAUUAGGUAGGAAGAAGAAAGCCAAAAAGAAAAACUUACUUUCCUUUUAA